AUGUUUUCUUGGUCUUUCAGAGACCUUGCAGUUGAGUCAACACAACUGAACUAAAAGCUACAAUGAAGGCCUGGUUUUUGCUGUGCCUGCUGCUGCCACUCUGCUUAGGUGUUGCAGCAGACUUUAAGAUUAAGUGCUAUGGGGAGGAUUUCCUGAUGGUGAAGAACCAGGUUCUGCAAUGCUCGGGCAAAGUGCAACAGGCGUGUUACACUAGAAGUUCUGGUGAGAAGGGCUGCUGCAGAAUGGAAUUCUGUUCAAGACCUGGCUGGAAAUGUUGCCACACAGACCUCUGCAAUAAGUAAAUUGAACACCAGAGAGAGCUAAAGACCACAUGAGAUUGUUAAGAUACUAAUUGUAAAAGUAAUAGAGCAUGUUGAGAUAAGAUUAAAUAAAGAUGAAGUCAAUUUUA